AUGAAUGGGAAAUCAACACCACAGUCCAUGUCUGUAAAAAGCAAGGAAGGAAGCAUACUGACUGACAAAGAUCAAGUGAAAGACAGAUGGAGAGAACACUUCUGUGAGCUGCUAAACAGAACAGUCCCAGCACGAAGGUAUCAUCCAAGUCAACAGCUAUGGGAAGAACUAGAUAUAGAUACAAGUGAACCAUCAGAGGAGGAAGUAGAAAAGGCAAUCAACAAACUGAAGAACAAGUCAGCUGGUACAGACAGUGUUACAGCAGAACUGAUAAAAUAUGGAGGUCAACCCGCCAGAGGCAGGUUCCAUUCACUCUUGCUUAAGAUCUGGCAAGAAGAGCAGAUGAAGAGGCGUGUUCGUACACUCAGGGGAAUCGAGGACGGUUGGAAACUAUCAGACCUCGACUUUGCUGAUGAUGUGGCUUUAAUAGAACCAGACGAGGAAAAGUCAAUAGCAGCACUGGCAAGACUCAGGAGAGCAGGAGAAGAGGUUGGCCUUGUAGUUUCUGCAGAGAAAACAAAGGUUAUGCCAAUAGGUGAAACAUCGGCAUGCGUGAAAGAUGGAGAGUCUACCAUUAAUAAAGUUAAGACGUUUAACUACCUAGGCUCAACUGUAACACCAAUUAAUUCCAUCGAUACUGAGCUGAACAUUCGUAUAGGAAAAGCUGCCAACACUUGGAGAGCAAAUAUCAGCCUCAAAACAAAAAUGAGAAUAUAUAGAGCAGUUAUCAUUCCAACAUUGCUGUAUGCAUCUGAGACAUGGGCCACAACCAGGAAUCAUGAGCAACGACUAGAAGCCUUCGAUUCCAGAUGUCUUAGAAUUAUUCUGAAGACCAAAUGGUGGUUCCCAAGGCGUAACAGUGACAUUCGAGAGCUCACAGAUCAACCCUAUGCCUCAACACUACUCAUGAGGAAUCGGCUGAGAUGGUUUGGUCACAUGUCGAGGAUGGGAGACGAAAGAAUUCCCUAA